CAGCCCCUCCCCACCGCAGAGACCGGCUCCCUCGGGCCGCGGCCUGGUUCCCUCCGUUUCGUGACCUUGUCCUGUAGAAGGCUAUUUUAUUUUUACAACUGCUGGAGUUUUGACAUACAAGAUGAAGCAAGAUGCCACCAGAAAUGCUGCCUACACUGUGGAUUGUGAAGAUUAUGUGCAUGUGGUAGAAUUUAAUCCCUUUGAGAGUGGAGAUUCAGGAAACCUAAUUGCAUAUGGUGGCAAUAAUUAUGUGGUCAUUGGCACAUGUACAUUUCAGGAGGAAGAAGCAGACAUCGAAGGGAUUCAGUAUAAAACACUUCGAACAUUUCACCAUGGUGUCAGGGUGGAUGGCAUAGCUUGGAACCCACAGACUAGGCUUGAUACAUUGCCUCCAACAAUCAAAUUUUGUACUUCAGCUGCUGAUAUGAACAUUAGAUUAUUUACUUCAGAUCUUCAGGAUAAAAAUGAAUACAAGGUUUUAGAGGGCCAUUCAGAUUUCAUUAAUGAUUUGGCAUUUGAUUCCAAAGAAGGCUGUGAACUUGCAAGUGUGAGUGAUGAUCAUACCUGUAGGAUUUGGGACUUGGGAGGAUUUCAGACAGCUCAUUUUGUUCUUCGUUCCCCUGGCAUGAGUGUAUGCUGGCAUCCUGAGGAAGCUUACAAGCUGAUGGUUGCAGAGAAGAAUGGAACAAUCCGGUUCUAUGAUCUUGUUUCUCAACAGGCCAUUUUGUCUCUAGAAUCAGAACAGAUGCCAUUAAUGUCAGCACACUGGUGCUUAAAAAACACCUUCAAAGUUGGAGCUGUGGCAGGGAAUGACUGGUUAAUUUGGGAUAUCACUCGGUCCAGUUAUCCUCAAGAAAAGAGACCUGUCCACAUGGAUCGAGCCUUCUUAUUCAGGUGGUCCACAAUUAAUGAAAACUUGUUUGCAACCACUGGCUAUCCUGGUAAAAUGGCAAGCCAGUUUCAAAUUCAUCAUUUAGGACACCCUCAGCCCAUCCUUGUUGGCUCUGUAGCCAUUGGAUCCGGCCUUUCCUGGCAUAGGACUCUCCCACUGUGUGCGAUUGGAGGAGACCACAAGCUGCUGUUUUGGGUGACUGAAAUGUAAAGUAAAUUUUCUCUGUAUUUUUAAGACAAAUUUUGGAGAAUUCCUUAUUUUUAUAUUAAGUAUACUAUGAGCACUAGAAAUGUCUCACUUGUUGCUUUUGUUAAAUAAAGUGUUGAUGGUUUGAAAA